AUGGCCCCGCAGGCUCACCAUCCUCACGCUGGAUAUCCAGCCUCGGGCGCUCCGCCGGCAAACGUGCCCCCGGCCGGCACCUUUGCCCCAGGGACCAAGAUCCAGGUCGGCAACCAUCGCGUCCAGAUCCAGAAAUACCUGUCCGAGGGCGGCUUUGCCCAUGUCUACCUCGUCAAGCUGCCCAAGGCCGUCGACGGCACCGAUCUGGCGGUCCUGAAGCGAGUUGCCGUGCCCGAUAAGGAGGCUCUGCGGGGCAUGCGAACCGAAGUCGAGACGAUGAAGCGUCUAAAGGGGCAUCAGGCCAUUGUCACAUACAUUGACUCCCACGCGUCGGAGCUCAAAGGCGGCGGCUACGAGGUCUUUCUGCUCAUGGAGUUUUGCGAUGGCGGCGGUCUGAUUGACUUUAUGAACACCCGCCUGCAACACCGCCUGACCGAGCCCGAAAUCAUCAACAUCUUUGCGGACAUCGCCGAGGGCGUUGCCUGUAUGCAUUAUCUCAAGCCAGCGCUGUUGCAUCGAGAUCUCAAGGUCGAAAACGUUUUAAUCACUAAUCAUGCUGGCGGCAAGCGGUUCAAGCUCUGUGACUUUGGUUCAGCUGCUCCUCCGCGACCGGCUCCCUUGACGGUAGUCGACUGCCGCCUGAUGGACGAAGAUGUCCAGAAACACACCACAUUACAAUAUAGAAGCCCCGAAAUGGUCGACGUUUACCGAAAACAGCCGAUUAACGAAAAGUCGGAUAUCUGGGCAUUGGGUGUUUUGCUAUACAAGCUCUGCUACUACACGACCCCCUUUGAAGACCAAGGGCAGCUGGCCAUCUUGAAUGCAAGCUACAGAUACCCCAGCUACCCAGUCUUUUCAGACAGAUUAAAGAAGCUCAUUGCUUCAAUGCUCAAGGAGAACAUGCAAUCGAGACCCAACAUAUACCAAGUUCUAAAAGAGGCCUGUGCUAUGCAGGGCCGAGAAAUGCCAAUUCACGAUAUUUAUUCCGGCCGAGCGAGCGCAGAUCCCAGAUUGAACCAACCUACCGUCACAGACCCGAAAUCACAUCAGGCACCUGUUGUGGGCGCCGUCUUCUCGUCAGCACCCGUCAAUGAACAGCAGACCCUCCCGGAUAUUACACCCAUGAGAAGAGGCCGUCCGACUCCUUCACCAUCUCGGACACCUGGACCAGGAAAAGUCACCGAUGGCGAUCCAUUUGCUGCCUUGGACUCCAAGGCUACCGCUGCUGCCGCCGUCCGCAGGGCAGAUCCCGAUGAGCUCUCAUCCAGAUUCCCUCGUCUCGACGAAUUUUCCUUGCUUCUUGACCAACAGACGUUCAAUUUUGACAACACUGGCCCGAUUUCGCCUCGUCCCCAGAAAGAUUUGAGUACAAAGGUUGCUGAACGAUUGGCCGACGCAGCAUUUGCAUCUUCGAGAAGUCCCGCGCCUUCAACCCCGGUCCCAAGACCACACUCUGUUGCGCCAAUCUCGUCUCGCCCUCCGCCGGAUAUCUCACCGCCAACCCUGGACGUCAAGCCUCUUCCAAAGUUGGUGCCAUCAUCCACGGCGCAGUCUGGAAUUAGCCGAGCACAGUCUAUCAUUACGAGCAACCCUGAGCUCAAGGCCAUUGCUAAUAAGACGGCAACCUCUUCAUAUGUUUCCACGGGGACAAUGACGGAAAAAUCUCCCGACAAGGAGCGACCGGUAGACGUGGAGAGAAGCAGACGUUCUUUCGAUGUGGAAACCCCACGUGCGCCUGUAGCCCGUGCUGCGGCGGCUCUCACGGGACAAAACACCGCCAAGCGACACUCUGGUGGAAAUUGGGCGUCGGGAAACACUCGAUCUUCGUCUGUCCAGCCGCGGUUGAGCCAGAGCACUGUUGCCUCGUCCAGGACGUCACUGGAUAUUCUCAGCUCCGCAGAAGACUUGAUAGACAUGCGAUCUUCCGCUGGCGAUCUUGUCAACAAGCCGCGGCCUCUUAGCUCUACAUUCGAGCCGAGCACCCUGGAGUAUUUACGCGAGAGGGAGAAUGCAUCCAAGCCUUCUUCUCGACAGUCCUCCACGAACCGACACUCGUCUUGGCAUCUGCCCUUGUCGCAUGCCAACACCGGCGGAGCAAGCUCGAAGGAACCGACUUCUCGUAGCUCAAGAAGCAUCGAAGUGCAAGAAUAUGAUCAAGACCGCCAAGGCCAACGUUCCGAGGUGGCAGCCUCGACUUCCAAGAACUUGCUUGCAGGCAAAUUUGGUGGUGCAUUCAAGAGGUUUGAAAACAAUGCCUCGUCUGAUAAUGAGCCAGAGAGAUCUUCAUCGCCCGGCAAAGAGCAGGGACGCCGUGCCUUGACGCCCAUCCAGGGUUCUGAAGCAGCUGAUGACCGAAGCGAUACAGACGGAGAGGGACACGCCCACAUGACAGCCGAGAUGCGUCGUGAUAUGGAGCGUCGCCAGUUAGAAGAGGAGGAAGCUAGAGUAGAAGCUGCGCAAGCAGAAUACCGGAAAAGGGUUGCAGAAGGCAGCGGAUCGCCCUCCAAGGCUCGACCCCCCACGGCUCCAAAGCCGAUGGGAGCAGCACGCGCUGCCAGUAUACAAAACAGGGUCCAGAGCCUGCUGAGCGAGGAACAAAAGCCGGCAAACGUGCCGCGGACAGCCCAUGGGUACGGAAGGUUUACGGAUUCUGAGCCGGCACCUGAGGAGGCAGACAAGCCCCGUCCUGAGGUGAAGCGCAAGCCAGCCGUGGCUGCGAAGCCUAUCGUUGUAGAUCCACGACGAAGUGACGGAUCCUUGGUCGAUGGUAAACAAGCUGCAGGCUCGGCAUCAGCUUCUGCGAGCGUGUCGGCCAAGCCUCAAGCCAAGCCAACAGCCCCGAAGAAGCCUGUUCACCUGAACAACAUACCAACAGGAGGUCGACAGGCCUCCUCGCCAACCAAAGAGAGGGACGACCCCACAUUUGAGCGUUUGAUAGCAAUCGACCUCCCCGGGCAGCCGAUACUGGAGAUGACUUCGCGGGACAGGGAGGACUACAUUGAGGAUUUUACGAAGCGUUUCCCUAGUCUGAGCACUAUAGAGUUGAGCCGAGAGGGUGGACGGGAGAGGGACGGGACGCGAUGA